AUGGAUUCAACCGAUAUUCGUGUAAUUUUUUUAUACGAGUAUAAACUUGCUCAUAAUGCUGCAGAAGCUGCACGCAAUAUAAACCAGGCAUUUGGGGAGAAUACCGUUAACGACCGUAAAGUACAGCGUUGGUUUGAAAAAUUUUUUUCCGGUGAUUUUUCCUUACAAAAUAAGCCACGCGGUAGACCCAAAACGACUGUGAACAACGAUACGUUAAAAUCAUUGGUGGAAACGGAUCCAACUGUAUCCACAAGGGAACUUGCCACCAAAAUGGAAGUUGACCAUACAUCAAUAUUACGACACCUGAAUGAAAUUGGUAAGGUGAAAAAAAUGGACAAGUGGAUACCGCACGAACUCACGGAGCGACAUAAGCUGAAUCGGUUGAACGUGUGCUCAUCGUUGCUAACCCGAUUAAAUCGAGAGCCAUUUUUGGAUCGAAUUAUUACGUGUGAUGAAAAAUGGGUUCUGUACGAUAAUAGGAAGAGGUGUGCACGAUGGCUGGACAAGGAUGAAGCUUGUGCUCAUGCCGCAAGACCAUCACUUCAUCCACGAAAAAUUUUGAUUACGGUUUGGUGGAAUGUCACUGGGGUAAUUCAUUACUCAUUCCUUCGUACUGGGGAGACAAUCACAGCUGACAAGUAUUGCCAGUACAUUGAGGAAAUGCACGAGAAAUUAAAAAUUUUACGUCCAUCACUUAUUAAUCGGCAUGGGCCGAUACUUCUCCACGACAACGCUCGGCCACAUACGUCGUACAAAACGAUUCAGAAAUUAAAUGAAUUAAAGUAUGAAAUUUUGCAACAUCCACCUUAUUCGCCAGAUCUCUCGCCCACUGAUUUUCAUUUUUUUAAACAUUUAGAACAGUUUGUACGGGGCAAAAAAUAUGAAACUGAAGACAAUAUAAAAAAUUCUGUAUCAGAAUUUAUCGAAUGUAAAGAUCAGAAUUUCUUUAAGACAGGCAUUUAUGCAUUAAAAUCUCGUUGGGAAAAGUGUAUUGAAGCCAAUGGCGCAUAUUUUGAUUGA